GCCAGGUAGGCAGCGCUUGCCGCUCACAUAACCUAUGCACAUAACCUAAGUUUUUGUGGUAUCCAAACAGUUUUCGAAAAAAUGGCAAACGCAAACACCGACUUAACCGAAGAAGACGCCGCUGACUUGCAGUUUCCCAAAGACUGUGGCCCCCCUGCGUUUUACUCUAGUGACUCUGAUAGUGUUUGUUCGAAUUGUUCGUGCGAUUUGGUCGCGCCUUACAUUUAUUGCGCUUUGUGUAAAGUGAAUAUUUGUUCGCUGUGUUUUUCGAAAGGUGCGGAGUUUGGGGGGCACAAGAACGAUCACGAUUAUCACAUAAUCCGCGACGAUUUUCCGGUUUGGGGUAACACGGACUGGACGGCUCGGGAGGAGGUGGUGUUGUUAGAGUCGUUACAAAAAUACGGGAACUGGAAUUUAGUGGCGAAAGAGUUCCCAAAUCGGAGUGUGAGGGAGAUUAGGGCGCACUACGAUUGGUUUUAUUUAGACAGAAAGGGGUCCAAAGACUUGCCCGAGGCGAGCAAAAGGGACUGGUUUUGUGAGCCGGUGGUGCCCUACAGACAGCGGAUUAGCGACACCGAUGAGCCCCCUCGCUACUCCCCCAACACAGUGGGGUACAAGUCUUUGGCCGGUUAUAACCCCGCGAGGUCCGAUUUCGAAUGCGAGUUCGAUUCGUCGGCUGAGGAUCUGCUCUCGAACCUUAAACCGGUUGAUAAGGACGAUCCUCAUUUUGACUUGAUCACAAAUCUUCAAUGUGCGAUCAUUCAGAGUUAUAACCGGCGGUUGAGGGAGCGCCAAAGGUGGAAAAAAAUCAUAAGAGAACACGGAUUGAUUAUUCUGCGGAAAGUUUACGCUUGGCUUCAUCGGUAUGACGUUACGAUUACACGUCCUGUGUAUGAAAAACUGAUCCGAUUUAUGCAAUUUUGUACUCCUGUCCAGUUCGAAAUGUUGAUGGAGGGGUUACACCACAGCGGCGAACUCAAAAUACAAAUUCUUAGAUUGUGUGAAUUACGUCAACGCGGAAUAACGUCACUCGCCGACGCCCGACUUUACGUUAAAUUGAAAGAAAUUCACGACAAGUGCGAAAACGAACUGAAGACGCUCCACGCCAGCGCGCAGUUUAACUGGAAGUUGACCAACCGGAGCUUUCCGGUGGAAACUCCGAAGAAAAAAUCCGGGUUUACUCCGAUUGAAAUCAUCGGCAUGCCCGGUUACGAAAAACUGACUCCUUCUGAGAGGGAGUUGUGCCGUACUGUACGACUGGUACCCAUCACUUAUCUCGAGCUCAAAGACAUUCUUAUAACUGAAAACAAGAAGAUGGGUUCUAUUAAACUCAAAACGGCGAGAAAAAUACUCAAAAUUGAUGUGAAUAAGACUAGGCGUUUGUACGAUUUUUUAGUACAGGAGGGUUACAUUGUCAAACCUGUGUCUUAGUUUUCUCAAAUAUACUUUCGGUUGUGAA